ACGAGGAGCCUAGUAAAGAGAUUUGUUCUCGGGUCUUUGAUGUUAAACGAUUUCUCCGUCGCGAGACCUGCUCUUUCCGUCACGUAGUUCAGCAGAUACAAUCGGAGUGAACCACAAGAGCCUGUAUGUUUGAGUAAACGUGUUUAAGUGGACUUUGUGUAAUUUUUCGGUACGUUUUGUCACAGACUCCUCUCUGUUAUCUAAGAAUGCUAACUUAAGUUAGCUUAGCGUGUUAGCUGAAAAAUAGACGGGGACGGAACUCGACCACACAGCGCUAGUCAGAGUGACUAUUCAAUAGAAACUAAACUGUAUUAUUCAUGGACUCACUAUGUCCAGAUAACGGUGUUUGAAUGGACUCUGUCUUAUUUUAUGUACUUGAAACCAUACAAAUUAUCCUCUCGUAUAUUGCGAAGCUAAUGAAGUUAGCUUGCUAGCUGACCAUAGACAAGACACGAACAUAACCAGGAAUACAUCGGGGUGUUUCAACGGGGUGUGUCAGGAGGAAAAGCUGCUGUGAUUUAUUAAAAAUGGAGGAGCUUGAGUUUAGUACAAACGAGAAUCUCAGACAGCGGAAACUAACUGGUGCUGUUUUCAACUCUGACGACCGAUUAAACGGACCAGACAUCCAGCAGCUGUUGGUGGUGGUUAAAGAAGAGGUUCCCCAUGAGCAGCAGGAGUGGUGCUUCAGUCUGGACCAGGAUGAACCAGAGCCCCCACACAUUAAAGAGGAACAGGAAGAACUCUGGAGCAGUCAGGAGGGAGAGCAGCUUCAAGGGCUGGAGGAGGCUGAUGUCAAGUUCACAUUCACUCCUGUCCCUGUGAAGAGUGAAGAUGAUGAUGAAGAGAGUGCUCAGUCCUCACAGCUUCAUCAAAGACAAACUGAGGAGAACAGAGAGGCAGAGCAUUUGAAAACAGAAACUGAUGGGGAGGACUGCGGGGGAUCAGAACAAGCCAGGAUCUUAGAUCCAGAUAGUCCUGAUGAGGAGACUUCACAGUCUGAGACUGAGACUGAUGACAGUAGAGAUUGGGAGGAGACACGGGAACCACAGUCAGGAUUAAACUUGCUGCAAAACAGUGAGGUACCUGUUAGUGCUGUGGAAUGCAAUACUGAAAAAAUAUCAGUUAGUUCCUCUAAAUGUGCUGAAAGGUUUGACCACAAGGGACAUCUGCAGAAACACACUGGAAUCAAAACAGGGGAAAAACCAUUUAGUUGCUUUGUCUGUGGCAAAACAUUCUCUAGAAAGUAUUACUUAACAACUCAUAUGAGACUUCAUUCAGGAGAAAAACGAUUCAGCUGCUCAGUUUGUAAACUUAAAAUCAAUUGCCGAAGCAAUUUCGUUAAACACAUGAGAAUCCAUACUGGGGAGAAACCAUUUAGUUGUUCCCAGUGUGGUAAAAGAUUCACAGAAAUGGCCCACCUGAGACAACACUUGAAUGUCCACACAGGGGAGAAACCAUUUAAUUGUCCAUUUUGUAGUGUAAGAUUCGCUGCCCAGGGUAAUCUGAGACGACACAUGACUGUCCACACAGGGGAGAAACCAUUCAGUUGUUCAGUUUGUGGCAAAACAUUUGCACAUAAAGGAGACAUGAGAAGACACUUGCUUGUCCACACAGGGGAGAAACCAUUUAUUUGUUCAAUUUGUAGUAAAGGUUUCACACAAAGUAGAGAUUUGAGACGACACUCUACUGUCCACACAGGGGAGAAACCAUUUAGUUGUUCAGUUUGUGGUAAAAGUUUCACACAAAAGGGAACUCUGAAACUACACUUGACUGCUCACACAGGGGAGAAACAAUUUAGUUGUAGCGUUUGCAAAAAAAGAUUCGCCCGGCUCUAUAAUGUCAAAAGACAUAAGUGUGUUGGUGAGAGCAGCAGUAAUAAGUGAAGUCGACGAAAUGUUUCUUGAGCCAUUAUUUUUUCCAGCAGCACUAAGUACAGAGGGAAAGACUCGGUUCAGCACUGAUCAACUAAAAACUGUCAGACUUGAGGCUGAUACAGUCUAAAAAUUGAGUCUUUUCAGCAAAGAUGAAGCCACACAACCACUUGAAUUAGGGAUGUCCUGAUCACGUUUUAUUUGCCCCCGAUCCCAAUUCGAGUCAGCAUUGUCAUGUUGUAGCCUUGUUAUAAUUUGUUUUUCAAUAAAAAAAUUAAUUGUAUGGCCUUAA